GUUUGGUCGCCGACAACAUGCCCCUUGACUUGCUAUCCAAGGCAGCGACCGCCGACGGAUACAACUACAUCCUCCAUGAAGUCACCCCCGCCCAGCUGCAGGUCCUGCGAGCGUCCAUCCUCAAACUGUGGGACUUUGAAGCGAAUGCGGCUACCCCGUUGAGCAUGGAAGAGCUCAACGAGUGGGCGGAAGCUGGUGAAUUCGCUGUUGCCAUUCGCCUGCGGGGCAAAACGGCGUCAUUUUGUACAGAAGACGACGCCGUUUUAGCUGUUGCCGAAACGUCCAAGCCUACCACCGCGUCGUCGACGGAUUUGGUGGCGAGUGUCGUUGGCACCGUUCGCCACAUGACAGUGUACCGGACGAAGCACACCACCGAGCUGCUCAUGCACAUUGGAUGCCCGGUCUUUCUGUGGGAUCGCACAAGGCUCCAUGAAACUGGCGCUGUCGCCCAAGGCUAUUUCCACGUGCCGUCCAAGUCGUUCCAACCCGCGGCACUUGGCCAGCGCCUGCCUCGCAUUGAGUCCGGCAAAGACAUUGUCACAUACUUGAGCACCGCGUUCGUCGCGCCUGAAGUUGAAGGCACGGGGUUGCGACACCACUUGUCCUAUGGCAAACUGGCGCGCAACAUGCCCAACUAUCGCCACGCUGCUCGCCUUGGCCACCGCAUCUUCCUCACCACAACGCUGUACGACCACCGUGGCGCCGGGCUGAAGUUUGCCCAUCCGUUCCUGCAACUCGUGGCCAAGCUCGCACGAGACAUCGGGAUCGAACUCGGCCUUGGUGCGGCCAUCUCGUUCAACGUGAUCCACUGGUCAGUCCAGUCGUGCUGGGAUGAAGACGCGACCGUCGUCAUGGCGUGCAUCGACCCCAUGGACGGCUUCGACGUCGACUCGAGUUACAUGUACACAAGCCCGCGGCCAUCGUCGAUUUCGAAUUUGGCUAGAGAUUCUUCCCACAUUGCAGGCAUCCGAUCUCGCCCGUACACACAAUACACUCAGAGCAGUGCCAAGUGGUGGAAUUGGCCCAAGCGAGUCGUCGAGUCCAUGAUGAAGUCGAACAGCAGGGGAGUUAGCGGCAUUGAUAGAACUAGUCGAGUGUAUUAACAUAUAUAUAGCAACGACGACCACCGAUCUCCCUUGGGGCAGGUCAUCCUCGAGGGCGGCGCUUACCACGGCAGGGAAUCUGCGACCAAACUCGGGAGUACUCAUUAGAUUUCGGAGGCUAUUCAAAACUUUUGAAUUCAGACCUUGACACACUGCAUCAAUCUUGGGGAAAUGAAACUGCACAUGAGCUUAGAGGACAAGCACGAACUCUGACGCUAAACUUCGAUGUCGUUGUGAGAAAUGACAUGAUGCACCAGGUGUGUGAAUCGUAUCAGGGUGGCGACUGGUUCAAGUCGCAACGACGGGUGCACACGGAUCUUCAUCGUUUUGUUUAGCCAUGCAAGUCUAGCAUUGUGUGGUUGGAUUGAAUGUAGGCGUCGAGGUUGGACUGUUUCUUGGACCAAUUCGCGUCAUCGUUUGCAUAUGGCACCGCUCGUCGCUCGUACACGGCAAUGAAAUGCUGCAGAAACCGAAUGUACCAGCGCCAGAACGCUUCGUGACGGUGUAAACGACACUCCCUCGCGGCCCAAAAGUGGAUUCGCAUCCAUGUCCGUGCGUCCACCAAGUUAAAAUGAUCGCCUCGUACGCUUUCGUGACGCUUUACACAAUUCCACGCCUUGCUGUGGCUGCGUUGACGCAUGCCGAGACGGCCACUGUCAGUCCACGGCUUCCCUUCGCCGCCCAUUUUCUCAAUGAUCCAAUUGGCGAGGCGGUGGCCGUGGGCCGUCGCUCCAUCGUCUUCGAAGAAGAAUGGCUUCAACUGCGAGUCCAAGAACGCAUGGGCGUAAAACCGCGUACAACACUCUCGUAUCUUGUCACCUCCUCCAAUGUCACGGAGAAGGGAAGCGCUAGUAUCGGUGGUGAUGAAAGUACUAUUGCGAACGACGAGGUCAACAGGCGUUGUGAUUGACGCUAUCGGGGCGGCUGCAUGGGAGUGGAAAGGGCAUGCGACCACAUAAUCGGUCGGGUCAUCGAUUCCAAGAGCCAGGUCCACGUUGGCAAAGGGGCAUGCGGCCUUGGACGAAGCGACGUGUGGGGCAGUUCGGGUCAUGAAUGGAAGGUGCUUUGGGUUUGGUGGACGAAUUGAAAGUGAGGGAUGUGCGCGCGGACCACCGUGGCCCCCCCAGUCGCUUCUUCUUUUCGUCCCUACGCCGCCACGGCCAUAUCGAACGUGCCAGGCGCUUCCAGUUCGCGACGGAAGUUCCUCCCGUUGCGUGAUCAAAAUGCUGCUCUAAUC